GCCCUCUACGUCUUGAACUGUACAGCGUUGCUAUGACGCCAGAGAAAAUCCAACGGAGCAGUUAGUAGUUUGGCAGUCAGUUUUCGACCCCUAAAAUCUUUGCUUUAUCAUAAGGAUUUCAUUUCAUAGGUGACUACUUAAAGAACUGCAAACAUGUCUGGAUCAGGUUCCUCAGCACGUUCCCCUUCGCCUUCACAAUCACCAAACUCAGGAGAGAAAAAAUCCAGACAAGAUAUCGUCUCUCGUCAAUCGGGAAGAGUGACCUUCCCACAAUCCAUCAAAUCUGCUUCUCAGAAUUCUGUAAUGACAGAGGAUGAAGAAAUGCCGGCAGAUUUCAACCCUUUUACCAUGCCAGCUGAUAAUGACAUCUUCAUGUUAAGAGACAAAGAAAGGCAAAGAAAGAAAGCAGAAAGAAUCAAGCAAAGGGGACUCAAAGUCCAUGAGAAGACAACGUACACAUCUCGGGUGAACGCCCUAAGGGCCUCUAUGCGAAGGCCACUGGAUGAUCUUGAUCCUGAAGAUGGUCAAAAGAAUGAGCAGGCGCUCGCUGUCAAGGAUGACCCUUCAUUCACCAUCGCAGUCACAAGAGACAGACAUGUUGAGAAGGAGAGCCUCCCAGACUACAUCGCCAAGAAGCGGGAGAUGUUCCUUGUACAGUAUUCGCUUGGUGUGAAGCGAGAUGAGAUGCGCAAGCUAGAGGAGAUCGCAUCGGCAGAGGAGAGGAAACUGGAGCUGGCCGAGCAAUACCUGGAGGAGGAUGCCGCCAUGUUUGAUGAGUUCCUCAAGGAGAAUGAUAAGAACUCUGUGGAAGCAAUCAAAAUAGCUGAAGCAGAAACGAAGGCCAAGAUGGAAAAAGUGCAAGAAAUCCGUAAGAUCAAUGAAGAGAUUGGACGUAUCAGGGGUGAAAUUUCAAAGAACGAGGUGCUGCUGAAGGAUUACCAACUCUACAAGAAAUUUCUAGAUUCUCUGACACCCUCAGAGUGGAAAGAAGAAAACAGGAAAGAGAGGCUUGAGAAGAGAAAUGUAAAGAACAAAGAGCGUGGGAAGCUUUCAUCAGCAGGCAGGAAGAAAGUAACAUCAGCAAGUACCGAUGGAAGGAAUUCUAGAUCCAGUAUGUCAAAGGGUGUUGGCAAGCCAUCAAAAGGAUCAGCUAUCAAAAGAGCAACAAUCCAGAGUGCAGCUAAGAGCGAAGAUGAAGCCAGACCAACUGAUGAUGACUCAGACUAUGAAAGUGAUGAGGAGCCAGAGCUGUUCUUCAUCGACCCUCAGCAGCUCCUAGACAUCUUUGCUGACCUGGAGGAACAGAACCUGUCCUUGAUCCAGAACAGUCAGGAAACAGAAGAGAACCUAGAAGAGAUCAAGCAGACCAUCUCGGCUACAGAGACAAGAAUGGACCGUGAGACGGAGAUUCUUAAGCAGCAGAUUGACAUGUUGAAAAGUGCCAUUGAUAGAGAGGAGGAGAAGGCCAAAGAUUUAGAGCACAAAUCCAAAAUGUUUUCUUUUGGUGAAUUCAAGGCAGAAGAUCAGGAAGCCAUGUUGGAUACAUUAAACAACAAAGUAGAAGAGGUCUAUGCCAAUUGUAUCGGUGACAAUGAAGCUAAUAUCAGCACACUCCAGAUGCUGACGAACAUAGAGAACAAGCUUGAGGAGCUCUUUGAGAGCAUUGAGACCAUGCCUCCAGAGAAGGUAGAGGCUGCAGAGAAGGCCAAGGAGAAAGAGCGACGUCUCCGCCUCCGAGAAGAGAAGCUGGAGGCCCAGAGGAUCCACCAGGAGGAGAGGGUUAGGAGAGCGCUGGAGAGGGCACAGGCAGAUCCUAAGAAGAAGACUGGUCGCAAACUUGUACGUUCGGAGCCUCCACAGACCAAACGCAAAGUUGACCGUUCCAAGGAGAAAGCAAACAAAGAGGAAGAGGAGAUGGCAUAUUUCUUCACAUAGGAUUUCUAUCAUCAAAGUCCCAUUGAGUUCUCCGUUCUGACAGUUUGACUUGGGCAAACAAUAGAAGACUGUCAAGAACUCUUAUUACAUAAAACCAGCUUCUAAGAAAGCUCAAAUUCAUCCGUCCGUUCUAAUUCAGGGCUUCACUUGCUGUUUAUUUGUGACAUUGAAUAUUGCUAACAACAUACGGCGAUAGAUGAGGAUUGACUUGAUAAUGGAAUUACGAGAUACCAUUUGUAAAAAUCAAUGUGGAACUUUUGAAAGUAUCCAAGUCUCAUCAAAGCAGGAAUAAUAAUUGACUUCUUCUCUCUUGCUUGACUACAUACCAAGUCAAAUGUGGAUUGGGUAGAUAGUGGAAAACCCCCAAGAACUUGAUCAUGCAAAGCCAACUGUGAAGGCUUCAAUAAGAAUAUUCAUCCGUCCAUUCCACUUUUGCUAUAAUUCACUAGAUGUUUUCUUUGUGACCUUGAAUAUUGCUUGUACUGUAUUGCAAAACCGUAGAUUAAUUAGGUAACAUUCUAGACUCUGAUGCUGACUCUGAUGCUGGAGAUAUGAUAAGGUCAUGAGGUACUCAACUUCCAAGAAUGGAAAAUUUGAAAAUUAAUAUUUAGAGAGCAUCAUCAGAAAUAAAAUAUACAAGGUAUGUGUCUAUCAAGUGUCAUUUGAGUGUACUGAAUGUGCCUUUAAAUGUUCAUAUCUUCAUGGUUUUCUUCCAUCCUGUUUUCAUAAGCAUUUAAAACUGUUUAUAACAGAGAAGUCCUAUACAAUACAAUAUGCUUUACUGCAGUACCUAGUGAUAGAAAGAAUACAUCCACUGUGUUAAACCAAAAACCCAAAUACUGUAUAUGAAUUACAGUUAACUCUGCAUAAGUUGAAUCUGUUGGGACCACAAUAAUUUGGUCUGAAUUAAGCAAAAUUUGACUUAGAAAGUGUAGAUUACACAUGUUGCACAUAGUCUGGUAAAAAAAAAUUGAUUCAAAUUAGGGAAAAAUUGACUCGUGCAUCUUUGGGUUAUACAGAGUCAACUAUAUAAACUGUACAUGAUUUAUCUUUUAUAGAGGUUUACAAGCUUCUGAUUUAUGCACCGAUUUUGUAUAUCUUGUACAUUCCAAUGAGCCUUGCAUUUUUAUCUUGUCCAUAAAAGAAUGCAUUUUGUAUAGAAUAUAUAUUAUAAAGUAUAAAUUAUGCUUAUUAAAAUGUAAAUAAGAUAAAGAAUA